AUGCAUCAACGCCUGCAUGUGCUGCCGUGUCGAUGCCUAGCGCUCAGACAACCGUGAUGAUAGCACGGCAGCACAACCUGAUGUCGCCGCGUCCAAUACAGAUGCAGUGCCCCAACUGUAACGCCUCCGUCGUUACGAUGACCGAGCGUGUAACUGGCACUAUGGUAUACGCGUUGGCACUGGUACUCUGCGUCGUUGGGUGUUUUGCCGGCUGCUGCCUUCUGCCGUUCUUCAUCCCAGAGUUAAAGGAUGUUCACCACUACUGUCCGACCUGUAGAUAUCACAUUGGCAUCUACAAAAAAGACUUUGGUUAACGACCUCUAACUGACUCGGGCCUUCUGGUGUGUGCAAGAUAGUGACUAGUGCAGUUAUGCUAAGUCCCAGAUAACUUCAAUCUGCCAAGCACCAGCUGGUGACAAGAACUGUAUAGUUAUUCCGUAAGCUACUAUAUUCCACAUAUUGUAAUGGUGAGUUGUAAUUCAAUCGAGAUCAUGCUUAAUUUGUGUAUAAUUAUUGUAUUCCUAGCGGCCUAGCCUUAUAUUAUAUAUUGUAUAUAUAUAGACAAGUGAUUGGCGCGUAAUUUUUUAUACAAUGACUGGGUCCAUAUCUUGUAACGGGAUCAUGGUACUGAACAAGAUAGAACUGUAAAUAUGUAGUAUAAAAAUGGGCGAUUGUUCGCGUUCCAUUUUUAAUGUGUACACUGCAGACGAAACAGAUUAUAUAUUCAGAGAUAUUCGAACUGUAACAUAAAUUAUCUACAUACUAUACUAACGGUACCAUGAUUAGAAACGUUUAUAUACCUAAUGUUGCCUUGGUUACCUAAUGGAACGUUUAAUAAAUUAUUAUAAUCUCCUAUACAUAUAUAGCAACCAUUAAAGAAUGUGUGGCCUGGAUCAGAGCACUCGAACUAAUUAAUAAAUGCCCUAAUUCAAUCAAUUUUCACUAAUCCGAGCGCGCUCUCACACAGCAGGCAGCGAUAUUAGGCUUGUUCCUCGUCUUUUUCUUGCGUAAAAGCCAGAAGGACCCCGCCUAAACGAUAGGUAACGCAGCAUUUCAGGUUGUGAAUACCAACGGCGACACCUAUCCAGCAGUCUACGCAGUUGUCUAUUGAUUAAAUCUGCUAUUGCAUCAUCAUUACA